GAGAUUUUUUUGUGCAAAUCGGGUGUCCGGGCGGGACGGAAACGGGGCAUCAAAAAAAUACCCGAUCAGGGUCAGAUCGAAAACGGAUCCAUGAUCCAUGUAACAAUUUUCGAGUCGGGACUGUGGUACACGAAAACCAGCCCCGCUCCGCCCCGCCCCGCUCCUUUGCUAUUCCUGCUACAGGCGAGGAUGAAACUGUCGGUUUUUCUUCUUCACAAACUCCUGGUAGAGCACGCGGCUGAAAUGUUGCCACGAGGUCUAGCCAUCUGCCAUUCCCCUGGCUUCUUCACCCUCCACGCCCCCGCCAUUUCUCCUCCUUCAACCUCCAAAUCUCCGCCGAAACCCUAACCCCCCCUCUCUCUCUCUCUCUCUCUCUCUCUCUCUCUUUCUCAUCCCGCGCCCAAGAUUGAUUCCGCCUCGCCCAAGCGAAUCUCUCUCUGAUGGACCACUACAAGGCGCUAGGGUUAAGCCGGAGCGCCAGCAAAGAAGAAAUUAAGCAAGCCUUUCGAAAACUAGCAAUGCAAUACCACCCCGACAAGCACUCCCACUCCCCCAAACCCGUCAGGGACAACGCCACCCUCCGCUUCAAGCUCGUUUCCGAAGCCUACGAGGUCCUCAUCGACGAUCGCAAGCGCGCCGAUUACAAUCUCCGCUCCUACAACAACAACAACAACAAUUACAAUUACAAUAAUAAUAAUAAUGGGCGACGAUCAAACCCUAGCUAUGGAUAUGGGUACGAUUACAGGAGUGGACCCAAAUCUAGGUAUAGUUUCUAUCGCGGGUACUAUUAUGAUGGGUUCCUUACACCUCGUUCGAUUCUUCUCAACCUCGCCUUCACGGGUGUUGUAUUAGGUGGAAUUGUAAUCAUUGAGUCGAGCAGGGAUGCAUUAUGGAAGCUGCAAAAUCCAGGGAAAUCAUUUGAAGACGCCGUGGGGUCCAUAGAAAAGGCCAAGGCAGCCAAGGAUAAGGUGUGAAACGGGCCAUCAUUUCCGGAAACCGUGUUUCCACUGCCUUUGAGGCUUGGCUGUAAUUUCUGGAGUUUCAGGAGGGUGCAUUUAGCUUUCUACGGUGCUCUAGUUACAUUUCAACGGUCAUGGGUGCCCCUCCGUUUUCUGUCAAAUGACAAAGCCACGAGGAUGGUCUUUUACCCUCGUUUACAUGAUAUCCUUUUCUCCAGAUUCAUGCUAUCCAUGUACAAGCAAUAGGGUUUUUUAGUAUCAGUGUAAACCUGCAAAUUCAGAUGUAACAUCAUGUAAGUAAACCCUGAUACAUAGUAUUCAUGUGCAUUCGACGAUUGCUUUGUAAUCCCUCUGCUGUUUGCGAAGAAUGAAAAACAAAAGGGUGCUUGUGAGUCGAA